UAAACAGUACUUGUUUAAUGGGUUCAGAUAGCUAUAACAUGCAAUAUAUUAACUUCAAACGUGAAGCGGCUAUUAAAGUCAGUAAUAUCACGACUGCACGGUGAUAAACGUUGUGUGAUAAUUGGGUCAAACUCAAAACUGUGUUCACGUUUUUCCUGUAGACAUACCCAAAAGUUAAGGACUAUAAAGGUAAAUUUUCUUAUCGUACAGUUCUGAUGAUCACACAAGUUUUCUCUCAUGUGGUCAACAGUUAACAGAUUGUGGGCGUGUACGAAAUGAUUUUAUCGUACUUAUCAAAAUAAAUAAGAAAAUUAAUCUUUAUAGCCCUUAACUUACAUAUGUCUACAGGAAAGACGUGAACACAGUUUUGAGUUUGACCCAAUUAUGUUAUUAGUAUGUAGCUGAAUGUGGGUACAGUGCGUUGCCUAUUCAUUAAAUAAAAAAUCAAUUUUCCUUCAGGCACCAGAAUGGAAAAAAUUUUUUAGGAUGAUACGACAGUUUAGACUACAUUCAUUAUCUUUAUUAAUGUAAACAGACUAAUCAUUUGAUUAUAUAAUUAUUUAUAGGUGCAUUCCAAUUAAUUCAUCUCUUUAUCCCCAAAAUUCCACAAAUACGCACGUACAGCGAGCUGCAAAAUUACGUGGACACGUUAUGAAAGAAUUCAUUCAUAAACUGGCCAUGUCAUUUUGCAAGUUGAUGUACAUACAUUAAUUAUAAUUAUAAUCCAAAUCCCUAUGUCAUAAAACACUUUAAACACUAACUAAAUCCAAUAUUUAAAAAACUAAAUAAUAAAAAAAAAACAUGUUUCAACCGAGAACCGUAUUUUAGAAGUUGAUAAAUGAGAGACUAUUUUAGUUUUAUACAUGUGUAUACUUUGAACAAUGACGUUAUCGAAUCGGUCACUGAUAACACAAUGUGAAUUUAGCGGUCAUUCUUUACGAAUAUUAACUUACUAAAAUAAAAACACAUGUAGGUACAAUAAAUGUUGGUUAAAAUUUCCAACUGUGUUUACUUAUUAUGUAUUAUUUAAAAGUGUCUCGCAAUGAACGGAUGUGGUUAUGAUUCUGUUAAUGUUAAUUGUGAUGGUGAACAAAACGAAUCAAAAAAGUUGAAAUCACUGGCUCGGCAGAUUUUCAUCUGCAGUGGCUUGUGGGCUAUGUAUUUUACACCAGGGUUAUUUUUGGGCGUACCUCCGGUAUAUAUAGCACAGUCAAGGAAGAUUUCAAACUCAACAGAAGCUGUCAGCGCCGAAAUGGCGUCUUGGAUAUGUGACAUCCGUAUUUGGCUAUGCGGCAAUACCCUGGGUACUCGUCUUACCAUUAAUAACACAGAGGUUCGGAAGAAAGAUUUCCUUUUACUUGGUAACUCUUAGCUCAAUCGCUAGCCACAGCCUUCUGUACUGCAGCACUACGU